CCUAUGAGUGGCGUCUUCAGACACUCCACUUGAGAUAGAGGACAUGUUGGAUUCGGUCAAGUGUGUCCUGGUAGGCGAUGCCGCCGUGGGGAAGACGGCCCUGCUGCUGCGCUUUAUUUCGGAGACCUUUCCGGAUGCUUAUCGGCCUACCGUUUACGAAAACACCGGCGUGGAUGUCUUCCUGGAUGGCAGCCAGAUCAGCUUAGGCCUUUGGGAUACCGCGGGCAGCGAUUCCUUCAAGAGCAUCCGCCCUCUUUCCUAUCAACAGGCCGACGUGGUGUUGAUGUGCUACUCGGUAGCCAAUCACGGCUCGUUCCACAGCUUGAGGAACAAGUGGGUGACGGAGAUCAGGACCCACUUGCCCCGCAUCCCGAUUUUGGUGGUGGCUACCCAGAUCGACCAAAGGGACACAGGUCCUCACAGCGCCACCUGCAUCAGUCCGGUGCACGGCAAGCAACUGGCGAAGGACCUCCGGGCGAAGGGGUACGUGGAGUGCUCCUCCCUGGCCAAUCGGGGAAUCCAAAAGGUAUUCGAGUGUGCCGUGCGGACGGCCGUGAACCAAGCCAAAAAAAGGUCGAGAAGGAACAUUUUCUCGGUGAACGAAUGCAAAAUUUUCUGAAACCGGACCGACCUCGGCAAUCGUUUUCUGCCUUUCGCCUCACCGAAUGAUUGCGUAGCGGAGUAAAUACGAGCCUUCCGUUGGGCACUAAGAUGGGCCAUUCAAUCUUGGCAUCUGGAACUCUCAAAGCGAAUACAAGCAAGGCUGCGGGUUGGAUUUCCAGCGGCAAACAUGGGAGAGUAUGAGUAGCAAGCCGGAGCCUUGUUUAUCUAUCAUUUAUCGUGAUGGGAAUGUUAAAAGAGUUUAUUUGCUACUACAGGUUCUGUUGGAUUCGUAAAAGGGGCUGUUUUCUACGCCUGAGAUAAUGGAUGGAUAAUUUAUAUGGCAGACUUAAUAGAAGCUUGGGGACUGAAUAGGUCAGGAAGAUGUGAAAUAAAC